AUGGAUCCCGUCUCUGCAUUCCGAGUGGCCGGCACAGUUGUAACAUUUGUCGAUUUCUGUUACAGCCUGGUAUCAGAGUCCAUCGAGAUCUAUCGAUCACCGGAGGGGAUAUCCUCGGAAAGCUUCCAAUUGUCCACCGUCGUCAAAGACCUUGGAAAGAUCGGUACACAAGUUAGCGAUGCACUAGAUACAGCGACAUCUCAAGCCCUUGUAGCAUCCGAUGAGUCGCUCAUCAGACUCUGCCGAGAAUGCGAGUCUAUCACUGCAGAAGUCCAAAGCGCUCUGGGCUAUCUCAAGGCCCAGGGGGGCGGCUCGAAAGCCAUGAUGGCGAAAAACAGUGUUACUGUCGCGCUCAAGGCAAUGUGGUCGAAAGGGAACUUGCAAAAUAUCGAGAAGCGAUUGCAGCAGAUACGGUCGGAAAUGACAAUGGCAAUGCUGGUCUCUCUGUGGGAAAGAGAUCGAGCCCGCGGAAACGGGGCGAGUGAGAGUUUGGAGCACCAGAUCUCCAAGCUAACGCAGAAAAUUGAUAGAACUAACGGCAAACUGGACCAAUUCGCCUCUGAUCUCGAUAAGAUCUCCUCAGAGGAUGACACCGUGGGACCUGGGAACAGGAAUGUUCUUUUCAGAAGACUAUGGGAGUCGGAUUGGCAACCCUCCGAGGCGCCCGUUGAGGACACGAAUCAUCUCAGUUCUGCUAGCAAUAAUCUGAAUAACCAGAUCCAUAAACAAAUUGUCAAAAGCCUGAGUUUCUCUGACAUCUCUCGGAGGGAAAGGUCGAUACCCAAACCAUAUGACGACACUUAUCGUUGGAUUUUCGAACCCGACGAUGAGGUUCAUAAUGGAAGCAACGAUAUGCUCAAGGGAAGAAACAAUUUCACCGCUUGGCUUCAAGAUCCGUGUCCGGUGUAUUGGAUCACGGGAAAACCAGGCUCUGGAAAGUCAACGCUGAUGAAUUUCAUCGUCCGCGAUUCCCGGACUAAAAAGAACCUCCAAAAAUGGGCAUCCCCAUUUCCUUUGCUUCUUGGGCACUUCUACUUCUGGGAAGCUGGGCACAAUAACUUGCAAAAAUCGCGAGAGGGACUAUUACGAACACUGCUCUGUCAGUGCCUGCAAUCAAUGCCCGAGCUCACGCCAAUCGUACUCCCACGACGAUGGGCUGUGUAUCAAGUUCUACGUGGCCUGGAAACCCCGGCGCCGGCUUGGAGUUGGGAAGAACUGCAAGACGCAUUCUUUAUCCUGGCGUCGCUUAAUGGACAUUCGUUCAAGCUCGCGCUGGUUCUAGACGGACUUGAUGAAUUCAGCGGUGAUCCGAGUGUUUUGAUCUCAUUCAUUCAGGUACUUGUAACCAGAUAUGGUGUCAAAAUAUGUCUGGGUAGUCGACCUUUGACCGAAUUCACGGACGCAUUCGAUGAAUAUCCCCGGCUCGCAAUGCAAUACCUCACCCAAGGUGACAUCGAGUCCUAUAUCAUAGGAAGCUUCCAAUCUAGCAAGGCAUUUCGAGAACGGCAAGCGCUUUUCCCUGAUCAGGCCGGAGCCCUGCUCUAUGAUAUAGCAAACAAGGCCCAGGGAGUGUUCCUUUGGGUCUUUAUUGUAGUCCGAGACUUGCUUUACAGUCUGUCCAAGGGUAGAAGUCUGGCUGACUUGCAAGCUGUUGUCGAUGACCUGCCAACAGACUUGUUCCAGCUCUACAGUCGGAUGAGAGAAAAGGUCGAUCCACAAGAUCUGAAAAACUCCAAUCGAUAUUAUCAGCUUACAGUUGCAUCUCUAAGACCCUUGCACGCCAUAUCGGUCUGGAUAGCAGACGGGGAGAGUCUGCCGAAUGGAGAUAUUUUCACAGAGGAACAUAAGGAAAACAUCGUCAAAAUACUGGAACGACGCUUGGAUAGCUCGACCAAAGGCCUUCUGGAAGUGGAUGACGAUGGGAUAGUCACCUUUCUUCACAGAACCGCACGAGACUGGGUCCUGCAAGAAUCCAUUUUAUCGACAUCUCGUAAAUCAUCAACAAACUUCGCCCCGGAGCUGGUUCUGCUCCAAGUGCUUACGACAGUGAUUUCGAGACCACGGCUAUUCAUCCAUCUGGGAUUUUCACAGCUUGCAUUUUGGGAUAUAGUGGUCCUGGGAUUUUUAUAUGCGUCUCAAGUGGAUGAAUGCUUCACUGAGUCCCUUGUUCACGCGGUCGAUGAUUUCGAUGCAGCUCUUUGCGAGCGAGCUGCAGAUCUUGGAAAGCGCGGCUACAUAUUUGACGCGAAUUUGUCAAAACCGGACUCGACUGCGAGUAAGUCAAACCGAUGGCUUAAUCGCGGAGGAAAGCGAGACCGCCCAUCCAGCGGCAAGUCUAAUGCCGGAAAACAUUGGUCAUGGACGCAGGAUAAUUUACCAUUCUGUAUUGAAAAUUCCGCCGUGGGAAUUGCGGCACAGUUCGCCGUUGUCCCCUAUGUCAAAGCCAAAUUGAAGACCAACAAAGGUCUUGUAAAAUCCGAGCCAAACAGGCGAUCUCUGCUGGAAAACACAAUUUUCGGGUGGCAGUUCUAUGUGAGCCGUACAAACGAGGAUUUGGCUCACUAUUCAGCCAGUUGGAGGCUUCUCAUAGACGACCUCUCGCGUCAGAGGAUUGAACUAGUCAGACUAUUACUCGAAUCGGGGGCAUCCCUCAGUGACCCAACAUGUAGGUGUCGACAGAAAAAGGGUAGGAGUAUUGAAGAGGAGGUUUCCAUGUUGGACAGCAACGGGAGGGCAAAGGUGGCCUCUCAGGAGUUUUGGGACGAGCUUGCAAAAUUUUUGCUUAAGACUCGGAGGAGAAGCCGCCUUUGGGGCCUUUUCGCCUAA